AUGCGAGCUUCAUUAUCGCUCUUGAAGCGGUCUGUCUGGAAAGGUAUGGCCCUGAGCUGCGUUUCACGACAGCGCAUCCGCCACGCAGCCAAAGCCUGGUUAGCCAGGACCUCUUUGCUCACGCUCGAACAGGACCUAACAUCGUCCCCUUCCCGAACUUGAGGCCUGCGGGGGCAGGAAAAUCGCCUCCGGUUAUCAAGACGCAAGCCCGAGCCGCAUCCAUUCUGCCCAGCUUUGUUGGACUCAGAUUUGCUGUUCACAAUGGAAAGACAUACCAAGAAGUGUAUAUUACAGAGGAGAUGGUAGGAAGAAAACUGGGCGAGUUUGUGCCAACAAGGAAACGGUUCACAUUCAAGCAG